CGACGAGCAAAAUGCACGACAUAGAGAAAAUCAAGGUCACGGCACCAAGAGCACUCUGACAUCAAGCUCAGCUCAGCUGUCAGUGCAAGGUGCGAUUUCUGUCGCAGAGUCUGCCGACCGACCCUUUAUAACGCUUUUCCAUUCCUUAAAAGUGGACACGAGUCGGGUAAAUCAACAGGCUUCUGGGUUGACUUCUCAUUUAGACGCGUGACCGGCGGACCGUUGACCAUGACGUCCAAUGCGGUGGCCAAGGUGCCGAUGCGGCGAGGCCAGACGCUCUGGACGCACUCGCGUCGUCUCGUAAGCAGCGCCAGCAACUCGAACGCCGUGGACAUGGAGAACUACCAGGGCACCAUCUACUUCGCCGACAUCGUGGUGGACGGCACCACCUUCGUCGUGCAGGUGGACACGGGCUCGUCGGACUUGUGGAUCUCUUGCUACUACCUCAGCGGCUCCACGUGCGAGUCUACGUGUCCAUCCGACGCAGAAACGAUCUCCUAUGGCUCCGGCGACGUCUGUGUGGAAGGCCAAUCGGCCGAUAUCAAGUUUGGCAACAUCGCAGUGUCCAAUUACGUGGUGGGAGUGGCGCAGGGCUCGACUGUGAACCCCAGCAGCUCCACUUCGCUGCUUGCAGGUGACGCUCAGGGUCUCUUUGGGCUCGCCUACAGCUCACUAGCAACACUACCGUCGCCUGGUGGCCAGUUUAUUGACUACGUCACGAGCUUCUCGAUGUAUUUGACGCAAGAGGACAAUUCAGACGGCAGCUUCUUGCUGUUGAACGGCGUGGAUGACGCUCUAAUCUCCUCCAACGGCCUUGUACCGUACACAGUCAACCUCAAGUCGUCAACUCCAACACAUUGGACAAUCGGCAUGACGGCAAUGCAGAUUGGCAACAACACAGCCGUGUUCCCAUGUUCCACAGCGAGUAGUGGGAGUUGUGACAGUAUCGUGGACUCGGGCACUUCUCUACUGGCAAUGCCCAGUUCAGUCUACUCAGAUUUUGUGUCGACAUAUCUUUCAAGCUGCCAAUUGUACCAAUCCGGAUCACAAAUUUACAUGUGCUCAAGUGACAUCGAUUUGCCUCGGCUGGCACUAACAUUCGGAGACGUGACUUUUUACUUGGAAAAAGAGGACUAUAUUAUCAAUCUGGGCGGUAAUAUGGUCGUCGUGGAAGUACAGGCGACGUCGAGUAGUAGUGGCUCGUACGCUAACACAUGGAUCAUCGGCGAGACGUUCUUGAAGGUGUUUUAUACAAGCUACAACGUCAACGAGUCGGUGACGUUCUAUUGUGUCGAGAACAGCACGUGUACACCUGGUUCCCAGGCGGUAUCUUUGCCGGCAUCCUCGGAUUCUUCGGGCGACAACACUGGCGGUAACGGGUAUGGAGGUGGCAGUGGCGGUGUCUCGGGCAUUACGUUCGGCGAUGACGGUAACAGCCACCUCACGACGAUCCUGGCGAUCGUGUUGGGCGUUCUCGGCUUCUUCUUCAUUAUCGCAGUCGUAACUUAUCUAUUCCGCUGCCUCUGCAGACGCAGACGAGCAUAUCGACACGAGCAAUCGCUGCAGCCAGUAUUGGUCGUACCUGGUGGCUACUACCAGCCGCAGCCUGCCAUCCAGCCUUCGCAAGGAUAUUACGCUCAACACUAAUUUUUGAAAAAAAAAUAUAAAGUAGCUUCAGCUUUCUAAAAACAAGAGAAGAAUUUGUAUUGAUACAGAGUUCAAAAUAUAUUCUCAUCUUUUCAGAA